UGCCUCACACAGAAAUCAGGUGGGGGAGAAUAUGAUAAAACUGUAUAGCAGACCAAUCGCCUCGCCAAACAUUGCUUGACAUCCCUAGAUGUCGGAAAAAUCUUAAAAAAAAAACAAUAAAUAAAAAUCUUAAAAAAAUGAAACUUUUCGUAGUUAUCUUAGCCGCUGUGGCUUUUGUGUCGGCUGAAGAGAGUGACAAUUCACUAGCAACGGCGUUAAAUUUCAUUAAGGACUGCCAUGGAGACUACAUUAUGUGUGUUAAGGAAAAAAUGCUCACGAUUGUGGACAAUUUGAGAGCAUCGCGUAGCAUACCUAUUGUGGAUGGAGUUGUCUUCAAGGGGGAACCUGAUUUGAAGGCGCGUAAACUCGAUGCACUGCCCGUUGACCCUACGGCUAGGGACGCAGAGGUCAACUACAGACUGGUCGACGGAGUCGUGAGCCUGUUCGAAACUCACGCCGUCGAGGUCAAGAUGAACCAGGCUGAUAAAGAGACCCUGCAGAGGUCUCUUGAAGAAGGUCGUGGUAAGAAGAAGGGAAGCGGUGCCCUCGGAGGCAUCAUCGGUCUUCUCGGAGCCAAACUGUUGCUCGGCAAGCUCUUCAUCGUGAAGCUCAUCGCGCUCAAGGCCCUCGCCACCGCCAAGAUCGCUCUGAUCCUCGCCGCUGUCCUCUUCGUUGCUUACUGCUUGAAGCAGGAACACACCAAGACCACCUACGAGGUCAUUCCUCACGCUCAUCACCACGAGUCUCACCACCCCGUCCACGUCGAGCACGUCUCCCACGACUCCGGCCAUGGUCACGGCGGUGGUUACUCCAGCUACGGCUCUGACUGGAACAAGAACCUCGACGAGGCUCAGAACCUUGCCUACAGCGGCUACUCUCACUCAUCAUAGAUGAAAAGACUUUUAGUGUAAAUGACACAUGUCUAACCUCUGUUGUACAAAGAAUUUAUUUAUUAUCUUAAUUUAUUGCCAUUAAUUUAUUGUUGAAUUAAAUUAUUUAUUACCAAUUA